AUGCGAUGUUCGCUUCCUAACAUUGACGUCGGAAAAUGGGAGUUUUCCGCAAAGGCUACAGCAACAAAAACAAUUGGCGACCGAUGCCGUUCUGCACGAAUAAACCAAUCAAUAUUAAAUAGUCUAUAUAACCUCGAUGAUGAACAAGUCAAGAACAUUCGAGUACCUUUUUUACAAUUUGCUGGCACGAACGGACAAUUGUUGAUUGAAGAUUUGGUGGAAGGCUUUUAUAUCGUUUUUCCCGGACCCAAGUUUGAAUCGCCAACGAAACUUAAGAGUAUUGAAAAGCUGAAGACAUGCAUCAGUAUCAUUAAAUCGGUCAUGGAUAUGUAUGUGAAAACAUGCGAGACCAUAGAAAAUGUAGAGACAACACAUAACGAGUUUGACGAUAUUUUUGAUGAUGAUAAUGAUAAGGUCAAGCCGCUUACUCAUACUAAAUACAAUUAUAUUUGUAAACCGUGGUGGACUCCCAAGAAAAGUACUAAUCCAUAA